AUGAUCGAGUUAGCGGCCGCGGGGGCUGCGAAGUGGUCGCAAACGAAGUUAUCCGCCCCGCGCCUGUUACGGGCCAUUUUCGUCAUAACUCCCCUCGUGAAUGCUCACAGAGAUGAUGGUUUAAAUGGGGAGCCCCUUUCGCGCGGCGCCCGUAGCAAUUGCUACUCGUGCCACGUGGUUAAUCCGGCACUGGUCAGCCCCACUCGCUUCGGACUCUCACUCGCCAAAUCUAAUCUAGAUCUCGAGAGUAACGGUGGUGAAUAUAAAGCUGAUGCUUCAAUAAGUACACUCGGCGCCAUCGCUCGGCGUGACCUGCGUCGGGCCCCAGCUAACGGCCAGGAGGGCCGGCUCCUCAUCAAUAUUUCAGGGGCGAAAUUGAAAAUCGCCUGCACCCACCGCUAUCACGCGACUCCGACAUAUCGGGAGCGC